CAUCUAUUCACCGAGAGAACAUUCACCAAUCUUUUGCACUCACAAAUACACACCGCGUAGUACAUGUUAGUUUUACCUGUGGAUGACCGUUUUUUUCUGCAAACAUGCAGUUUUUUCCGAUCGAGUCAGGUGCAGUGAUGAUUGCCCUGGCCGUGUUCGUGGGGUUUGUGAUUAUGAUCUUCAUGUUGUCGCCGCUGAUCUCACCACGCCCAAUGAAGCUGAACGGAUCCCAUGUCAUGGUGACUGGUGGCUCCAGUGGGAUAGGAAAGGCAGUUGCUGUGGAAGCUGUGAAGCAGGGAGCCCUUGUCACCAUUAUAGCCAGAAAUGAACAAAGGCUAUUGCAGGCAAAGAAGGAAAUUGAGCAACACAUGAGGGACAAAGACAGGCAGAAGGUGCUAUGUAUUUCUGUGGACAUUUCCAAAGACUUCAGUGCAGUGGAGAAGGCAGUACAACAGGCACAAGAGAAGCUAGGCCCAGUAGACAUGCUGGUGAACUGUGCUGGAACAUCUUUUGCCAGCAGAUUUGAAGAUAUUCCUGUCGAUGAAUUUAAGCAACAAAUGGAAGUGAACUACUAUGGGACUGUCCAUGCCACCAGAGCAGUCAUCUCUACCAUGAAGUACAGACGCAGGGGGCGGAUUGUCCUGGUGUCAUCCCAGGCCGGCCAGAUUGGGCUGUACGGCUUCACGGCCUACUCAGCAUCAAAGUUCGCCCUCAGGGGGUUUGCUGAAGCACUGCAGAUGGAGGUGAAACCAUACAACAUCUACCUGACUAUCACCUUCCCACCUGACACAGACACACCUGGCUUCCAGACAGAGCAAACAUUUAAGCCCAAGGAGACAAAGCUGAUCUCAGAGACAGCAGGACUCUACCAGCCUGAUUAUGUAGCAAAGAGGAUCCUCCAGGAUGCUUCAGUAGGAACAUUUCUCAGCUACAUUGGACUAGAUGGGUACCUGCUGGCUAGUGCUACAUGUGGCAUGUCACCGCUGACCUCCAUGACUGAAGGCAUGCAGCAGGUUCUGACCAUGGGAGUGUUCCGAGUGAUUGCCCUUUUCUAUUUGGGGAGCUUUGACCGUAUGGUGGCACGCUGCGCUGUUGAGAGAGAAAAAGAGAUGAGAGAAAGACAAGGCAAGGAGAGUAGGGAUUAGCAUGCUGCUACUUCAUGUUGUAACGUCAUCAGGAGCAAGAACAACGAUUUCAUGAGCUUAGAAGAAAAGUGACCUUCCUGCAAAGAAAUAAUUUCAGUAUGUAGAGCCUGGAACACUGCCUAUGAUAAUGUAUUAUGAAUAAAAAAAGUGAAUUGGUUGAUCCAUUUUGAUCAGUCAAUGUUGGUGUAAAUCCUAUUUAUUCUGCUUGCUUCAAUGUUGGGUAGGCAGUUUCAACACUUUAUUUGCUUUAUUGGAUUGUGUGUAGUUUGCCCAUGUACUUAUACAACAUUCCUGUACUGUCAUAAAUGUUGUGAUUCAUCAUUGUAAAACUGUGCCUUGAUAUGUAAAGGCUCUCCAACUACAGUAGUUGUAUUAUAUUGCAAACAACACAAUGGAAACAAGGCAUAAAGAAGACAAUAGAAUGUGCAUAGAUGAGUUUUAGUUCUGCCCUCUGGUGCUCUGAUACACAAUUGUCUUAUAGUUGAGGUACAUGUACUUGCACAUUUUCGUUGUAUGUUUUAUAGUACCAUGCAUCAUUUUGAUCUAAAGAAAAUCUAUGUUGGCAUGCUCUCAUAUCCGUCCACAACUACAUUUUUGACUCAGUAAUACCUCAAUCAUACAGAAUUUACGGCAUUAAGACAAUGUAAAGUUACUUUUGUACAGCAGUAUUCAAGAACUGGGAGGAAGGGGCAUUCACAGUCUCUACAUCUUAAUGUAACAAAGUAUACAUUACUAGUAUUUUCAGGGUGAUUCUACUGGACCAACUGCAGAUUUCAAUCUCAAAGUGUGAUAAAGUCAUUCCUUUGUAUUAAAUUUAUGGUACAGUAUAAACUAUAGCAUGACGUACUACAUGUACGAGACAUUUCUGUACACGGGUACAUGUAAUGUUGAUAAUUUGAUACUGCAGUUACAAGGUGUAUUUCUUGCAAGUAAAAGCUAUUUUGGCAAUAGUAUUUUACAUAUUUGAAGCAUCAGAUUAGUACUGUAUGAAAUGGUCUUCCACUAGACUCGGAAAAAAUUGUGGAGCUGAGCUGAUCAUGAAUUAGAAGCUUGCUAUAUCUUGCUACAUCAGCUGGUAACACGUAUAUUUGUACAAUGUAUGGUGAAUGUUUGUUUAUAAAAAUAAAGAAAUGUUACUGGUAUUUAACUGGG